AUGGCAUCUUUUUCAUCUGGCCCCGGCAAUCCCCAGGCCAAAUAUCCCUUUAAGAAGCGGGCCAGCCUCCAGGCUUCCUUUGCACUACCAGAGGCUCGGGGUGGGCUGGGGGCCCCUCCGCUACAGUCUGCCCGAUCCCUGCCAGGCCCUGCCCCCUGCCUCAAGCACUUCCCGCUCGACCUGCGCACGUCCAUGGAUGGCAAAUGCAAGGAGAUCGCCGAGGAGCUGUUCAGCCGCUCCCUGGCUGAGAGUGAGCUCCGCAGUGCCCCUUACGAGUUCCCCGAGGAGAGCCCUAUCGAGCAGCUGGAGGAGCGGAGGCAGCGCCUGGAGCGGCAGAUCAGCCAGGAUGUUAAGCUGGAGCCGGACAUCCUGCUUCGGGCCAAGCAAGAUUUCCUGAAGACUGACAGUGACUCGGACUUCCAGCUCUACAAGGAGCAGGGUGAGGGGCAGGGUGACCGGGGCCUGUGGGAGCGCGACGUGGUGCUGGAGCGGGAGUUUCAGCGGGUGACCAUCUCCGGCGAGGAGAAGUGUGGGGUGCCCUUCACAGACCUGCUGGAUGCGGCCAAGAGUGUGGUGCGGGCGCUGUUCAUCCGGGAGAAGUACAUGGCCCUGUCGCUGCAGAGCUUCUGCCCCACCACCCGCCGGUACCUGCAGCAGCUGGCCGAGAAGCCCCUGGAGACACGCACCUACGAGCAGGGCCCCGACACCCCCGUGUCCGCUGAUGCCCCGGUACACCCACCAGUGCUGGAGCAGCACCCCUAUGAGCACUGUGAGCCGAGCACCAUGCCAGGGGACCUGGGCUUGGGUCUGCGCAUGGUGCGGGGCGUGGUUCAUGUGUACACCCACAGGGAACCUGAUGAGCACUACUCAGAGGUGGAGCUGCCAUAUCCCGACCUGCAGGAAUUUGUGGCAGACGUCAAUGUGCUGAUGGCUCUGAUCAUCAAUGGCCCCAUAAAGUCAUUCUGUUACCGCCGGCUCCAGUACCUGAGCUCCAAGUUCCAGAUGCAUGUGCUGCUCAACGAAAUGAAGGAGCUGGCUGCGCAGAAGAAGGUGCCACACCGAGAUUUCUACAAUAUCCGCAAGGUGGACACGCACAUCCAUGCCUCAUCCUGCAUGAACCAGAAGCAUCUGCUGCGCUUCAUCAAACGGGCGAUGAAGCGGCACCUGGAGGAGAUCGUGCACGUGGAGCAGGGUCGUGAGCAGACACUACGGGAGGUCUUCGAGAGCAUGAACCUGACGGCCUAUGACCUGAGUGUGGACACGCUCGAUGUGCACGCAGACAGAAACACCUUCCAUCGCUUUGACAAGUUCAAUGCCAAAUACAACCCCAUUGGGGAGUCUGUCCUCCGAGAGAUCUUCAUCAAGACGGACAACAGGGUUUCUGGGAAGUACUUUGCUCACAUCAUCAAGGAGGUGAUGUCCGACCUGGAGGAGAGCAAAUACCAGAAUGCGGAGCUGCGGCUCUCCAUCUAUGGGCGCUCAAGGGACGAGUGGGACAAGCUAGCGCGCUGGGCUGUCAUGCACCGUGUACACUCCCCCAACGUUCGCUGGCUCGUGCAGGUGCCCCGCCUCUUCGAUGUGUACCGUACCAAGGGCCAGCUGGCCAACUUCCAGGAGAUGCUGGAGAACAUUUUCCUGCCUUUGUUUGAGGCCACCAUCCACCCUGCCAGCCACCCGGAGCUGCAUCUCUUCCUGGAGCAUGUGGACGGCUUUGACAGUGUGGAUGAUGAGUCCAAGCCCGAGAACCACGUCUUCAACCUGGAGAGCCCGCUCCCUGAGGCUUGGGUGGAGGAGGACAACCCGCCCUACGCCUACUACCUGUACUACACCUUCGCCAACAUGGCCAUGCUGAACCACCUUCGCAGACAGAGGGGCUUCCAUACGUUCGUGCUGAGGCCACACUGCGGGGAGGCGGGGCCCAUCCACCACCUGGUGUCGGCCUUCAUGCUGGCUGAGAACAUCUCGCACGGGCUGCUGCUGCGCAAGGCCCCGGUCCUGCAGUACCUGUAUUACCUGGCCCAGGUUGGCAUCGCCAUGUCCCCGCUCAGCAACAACAGCCUCUUCCUCAGCUACCACCGGAACCCGCUGCCUGAGUACUUGUCCCGUGGCCUCAUGGUCUCGCUGUCCACGGACGAUCCCCUGCAGUUCCAUUUCACCAAGGAGCCGCUGAUGGAGGAGUAUAGCAUCGCCACCCAGGUGUGGAAGCUCAGCUCCUGUGACAUGUGCGAGCUGGCACGCAAUAGCGUGCUCAUGAGUGGCUUCUCCCACAAGGUGAAGAGCCACUGGCUGGGACCCAACUAUACCAAGGAGGGCCCCGAGGGCAACGACAUCCGCCGCACCAACGUGCCCGACAUCCGCGUGGGCUACCGCCACGAGACCCUGUGCCAGGAGCUGGCGCUCAUCACGCAGGCCGUGCAGAGCGAGACGCUGGAGACCAUCCCGGAGGAGGCGGGCAUCACCAUGAGCCCCGGGCCUCAGUGA